CAGCCGGGGCCAUGGAGGUGACGGCAGACCAGCCGCGCUGGGUGAGCCACCACCACCCCGCGGUCCUCAACGGGCAGCACCCGGACACGCACCACCCGGGCCUUGGCCACUCCUACAUGGACCCGGCGCAGUACCCCCUGCCCGAGGAAGUGGAUGUACUUUUUAACAUCGACGGUCAAGGCAACCACGUCCCGUCCUACUACGGAAACUCCGUGAGGGCCACGGUGCAGAGGUACCCUCCGACCCACCACGGGAGCCAGGUGUGCCGCCCGCCACUGCUGCACGGAUCCCUUCCCUGGCUGGAUGGCGGCAAAGCCCUGGGCGGCCACCACACCGCUUCACCUUGGAACCUCAGCCCCUUCUCCAAGACGUCCAUCCACCACGGCUCCCCGGGGCCCCUCUCGGUCUAUCCCCCGGCCUCAUCCUCCUCCUUGUCGGCGGGCCACUCCAGCCCACACCUCUUCACCUUCCCGCCAACCCCACCGAAGGAUGUCUCCCCGGACCCGUCCCUGUCCACGCCUGGCUCAGCCGGCUCGGGACGGCAGGACGAGAAGGAGUGUAUCAAGUACCAGGUGCCGCUGCCCGACAGCAUGAAGCUCGAGUCGUCGCACUCUCGGGGCAGCAUGACCACCCUGGGAGGGGCAGCCUCGUCGGCACACCACCCCAUCACCACCUACCCACCCUACGUUCCAGAAUACAGCUCCGGACUCUUCCCCCCCAGCAGCCUGCUGGGAGGCUCUCCCACCGGCUUCGGGUGCAAGUCGAGGCCUAAGGCAAGAUCCAGCACAGAAGGCAGGGAGUGUGUGAACUGCGGGGCGACCUCUACCCCACUGUGGCGACGAGAUGGCACCGGGCACUACCUGUGCAAUGCCUGUGGGCUCUACCACAAGAUGAACGGGCAGAACCGACCGCUUAUUAAACCCAAGCGAAGGCUGUCGGCAGCCAGAAGGGCAGGAACGUCCUGUGCAAACUGUCAAACCACCACUACCACUCUCUGGAGAAGGAAUGCCAAUGGGGAUCCUGUCUGCAAUGCCUGCGGGCUCUACUACAAGCUGCACAAUAUUAACAGACCCCUGACUAUGAAGAAGGAAGGCAUCCAGACCAGAAACCGAAAAAUGUCUAGCAAAUCCAAAAAAUGCAAAAAGGUACACGACACCCUGGAGGACUUCCCCAAGAGCAGCUCCUUCAACCCUGCUGCCCUCUCCAGACACAUGUCCUCCCUCAGCCACAUUUCACCGUUCAGCCACUCCAGCCACAUGCUGACCACUCCGACGCCGAUGCACCCGCCAUCCAGCCUCUCCUUUGGACCUCACCACCCUUCUAGUAUGGUCACCGCCAUGGGUUAGAGUCUCUGCUCGAUGCGUAAAGGUCUCCAGGCGAGAGUCCCUCCGGCCCCUUCUACGUGCAUUUUUGCAGGAGCAUAUCAUGAAAUCGAGAACUGAUGGAUAUCUGGUUUUUGAAGGCAGAAGGCAAAAUGAUGUUUGCUACUUUUGCCGAGGAGCUCACUGUGGUGUCUGCAUUCCCAAUCACUGAAUCUGGAUCCCAUUUGUGAAUAAGCCAUUCAGACUCAUAUUCCCUAUUUAACAGGGUCUCUCUAGUGCUGUGAAAAAAAAUUGCCGAACAUUGCAUAUAACUUAUAUUGUAAGAAAUACUGUACAUUUGAAGAAGACUUGAUUGCAUCUGGGUAGCUGUAAGGAAGGCAUAAAGGAUGCCGAGAAUUUUAAGGAAGAUGGGGGAAAUCAAGGAUGGAGAUUAAGAAGAAACUAGGUCUGAUGUCCAAAUGGACAAACUGCCUUUCACUGGCCACAGGUGUUUGAUGCAUUAAAAAAAGAGAAAAAAAAAGAAAAAAGAACAAAAAAAAAGUUGUAGGCGAAUCAUUUGUUCAAAGCUGUGGGCCUCUGCUUAGGAAAUUCUACGAGUUUGGGCAAUCGGUGUUAACACUCACAUUUUGCCAUCGAGGGUUUCAGAUAGCCUUUUCCAGGCCUACAUGCUGCGUGAUCAAGUCCCUGUAAUUGUUGUUUGUAUGUAUAAUUCAAAGCACCAAAAUAAGAAAAGAUGUAGAUUUAUUUCAUCAUAUUAUACAGACUGAAUCGUUGUACAAAUUUAUUUACUGCUAGUGUUAAGCUCUGCUUUUUUUGUUUAAUAUUUCCCUUCUCUCUCAAUUUUUGGUUAAAUAAACUAGAUGACAUUCAGUUGACCUAAGGUGAUUGUGCUCCGGAGGGCUUCUUUUCCUUUUUGCUUUCUGAUGAUAUUUAUUAAAAUAGCUUCUAAGGGUACAGCAGCAUCUGUCGUCUCACUCCUCCCCGCAGUCUGUGCUAUGAGGGUAGCAGUGUAUGAGCUACCGCGUGCAUGUCAGCGCCUUAGGCCGGACAGACCUGGUCCUGGGAGCAGCCUGGCUGAUUGUUAGCUCUGUUGUGUUCUGUGUUAGUGAUCACUGCCUUUAAUCUGUUGGAAUAAUAAUAUCAAAUAAUAAUAAAGUGAAAAUAUUUAAAAAAAACAGUAACAUCGUAUCAAAAUGGUGGCCAUGCUCUUCUAGAACCUGGUAGCUCUAGCUAAUUUAAGAAAAAGGAGUUUAACAAGAAACAACGCCCAAACAUGCAAACUCCAGAUCGUCCACACUUGUUCCUUUGGGAAACUGGGCCUCUUCGGAGCCCUGUCUGUAGCCCGGAGGAGUUUAUUCUGGGGCAGGAGUUACUUCUGUGGUCCCUUAGUGAGCUGCAGCUUCCUCACCUCGAGUAAACGAGCUCGCAGGAGAAGUGGGAAGAUGUCCUCUCUGAGAUGCCCAGGUGGACUGCAGCUGAGGGAUUCCUCGAGGUUCUCUGCAAGACGUCAAGGAGCUGGGCUGGCUCUUGAGUUCAUUUCUGUUUUUGCUUUCCUACUGUCGAAUAAUGCCAUCAUGGAGAGUUUAUUGGAAUGUUCGCGAAACACAGAAUAACCGUUUUGUAACUCACACUGUACAGUUUCCUUUUCCUCUGUUGACUGAAUGUGUAACUAUGGCACACAUUUAAAAAUCUCUGUUAAUCACCUUUCUGCUUUCUUAGCAAAUAUUUUAAACCUAAAGCUAAAUGUUGAAAUAAAGGAGUCGAGAAUCACUGAGA